AAUUAACUUUACAUCAGUCUACUGAUGAACUACACAUCCAAACCACAAACUCUAUAUAUUUCUUCAAUUGGUGGUAAGAUAUCUCUGCCAUCAGCUGUAAUGACAUGAUUCUGCUACGAGUCACAAAAGUGAUCAGAAUCAGAAACUACAAGUCACAUCUUUUUUGGCUGUGUCUAAUUCCAUCUUUCAAAUAGUGGCAUGUUAAUAAAAUCAUGUUAAAUAAUGCCCUGUUUUGUUCUACCUCAAUUACAUGACACUUAUCUAGAUAAAUCAAUGUAACUACUAAUCACAAUAGAAAUUAAAGUUCUGAAUUGAAAUUUCACAAUACCAGCAUCAUAAGUCAGUGGUGUUUUUUCGGUUCAAGAUCAUCUGUCAUCGCAUCAAGGACUUCCCAAAAGCACAAGAGUGUUCUUAGAUAAAAAGGUUAGGUUUUUAGUAACAGAAGUCAAUUAAUUUUUCUUCCUCCUAAAAUAAGUCAGAUAUACAAACACAUUGAUAAAAACAUAUAAACAUGUAUCAGUUUACACUUUACAUUAAACUGUUAAAUAGUAGUAGAAUGAAUAGUUAUGCAAGGACAGAAGUGGGACACUACAUUAUAUAUUUUAUAACCUUAUUUGUGUGUAAAUGUAUCGCUAUAAUGAUUUAACCACAGGUUUACCCUUUAUCCUUGAAACAGUGCGGUUGCGGGGGGGUGGGCAUAAUACGUGGAUUUAAGAAAUUUCCAUUCCUUAUCCUAGGCAUGCCAACGUGCAGGGAAAAAUGGGCUUUAAUAGUUUAACCCUUACUGUUGCUCAAGAGGUAACUGGUUAUUCGAGUACAAUGCUAAUAUGUUGAAAGACGGGAGAUUAUUCUUGUGAUUAAUCGCGUGUUUCAACGCAACCUGAUUACAUUGUGAUUGUCGAAGAAGAGCCCCACGCACAAAUAAUGCAAACAAGUGUAUAGCAAAUUAACUUGGCUACUAUUCAGCGAACGAUGCUCACAUUUUCAAACAUCAACCAGAAAAGUCGUUUGUCGUUAUUCUGUAUUAACUCUUUUCCCAAAUGAUUAAUUUCAAACAGUCUAACAGUGAAACGAAAUGUACCCGUUAUUUCCAGCUUCAUUUUCUAAUCGGUGGUACAAUACAAGGGACUUAUAUCAGUGGCACACACUUACGGUUUGCUUUUUUUCUUCCUCUUCUUCUUCAUCAAAAGAUUUGCCCAAGUCAAACAUUACGCCUUUCCCUUGACGUUAUUCAAGGAAAUUCCCUGCUGCGACAGGCCUAUAAGUAACGUGGGUCGCAGAAAUGAGGUCCAUGUCUUUCUGCAAUCGGGAUAAUUAGAUGAAAGCAUGCUGUCAUACGCCAACUUUCGCAUCACCUCGUGGUUGGUGCUGGUCGCCGUCUCUUCACACCUCUGUCGAUCCGGCUUCGGAAACCCGCUGCGGCACAGCGACGACUGUCUAACCUAUUCAACGGCGUUGCUGCGGAAUAUAACUGCUGCGGUCGAGGAGUUGGGAUUUUACUGCUCCAAACUGAGUGUGGAGAUGAACAAUCGGAACCUCUCCGUUUGCGAACCAAAAAAUUCAUCAUGCGCAAACCGUCAAACAAGCGGGUUUAACGAGGUACGUGUCCGGAUGCGUUACGCGUUUUUGAGGAAUUAUGUGCAGUGGAGUCUAUGUCUGUUGUUAAGCUUGGUGCCUCACCUCUUACAUUCGUGUUCUCAGGACGCCUGCUUCAGGGCCAUAAGGGAGGAUCUGCAGUAUUAUAAAAACAUGCUGCCGAAGAUUCAGAAUGAUCGCUUGAGAGCCACGUUGAUGGGAGCCAUAGAGGACCUAGUUAAGAACUGUGCCUUUCCUCAUGUCCUAGAGAACCCUGCUUCAUCAAAGGCUGCCCAGGCACCCUCUUUUGAAGACCGUGUGCACCUAUGUAAAGUGCUGCGAGGCUUCCACGUGCGGGCCAUCACGCUCAACCGCGUCAUCAGCUACGUCGCUGCUGGAGACCACCUAAAAUGACCUGCAUCCCCACCCUCUUCAGCAGAUGGCUUUUACACCAUUUAUGUCCAUGUGUGCAACCUACACUAACUCCAGUAAUUACACCUGAUCAGAUCUUCCUUUUACAGAAUGUCAUUUAUAAAACCAGCUGACGUGUUUCUCUAAAACCACAAAUAAGCUAGCAAAAAUUGAACAUUUUGAAAGUUGUCAUGAUAGUUAACUUUCUUUGCAGAAAAGUUUAUUUAUUUAUUUAUUGCACAAAUUAUGAUCUUUAGGAAAUUGCUAAUAUACAAGCGGCAGGGAUAUGAUGACCAUGUAUUUAUUUAUUUAUUAUUCAGACGGUUCUAUCGCUAUGACUUCCUAGGACUUGAAAUUCUGCAAGUUAACCCCCCUUUCUAGAACAUUCUCAGGGCAGCUAUUUAAUGUGACAAACAUCCCACAAAUGUGAGAGGGUGACUUUUCUGGUCAAGCAUCACGCAUCAUUUGUUAAAGGUGUGUGAAUUUGAAUAUUAAAAGUACAAGAAAAUUAAACCAAGAAACUGUCCUGUGCUCAUUAACAGAAUUUAGAAAGAAGCAUUCCAUCUUAAGUAUGUUUUAAGAGCAAAGAAAAUGCAGGAGUUCAUAAACCAUAAUGCAGUUAGUCAACAACACCCAUCCAUCUUCUAAAACCGUUUGACCUAUUCAGGCUCAAGGGGGGUCUGGAGCCUAUCCUGGAAGCUAUAGGCACAAGGCAAUGAACAACCCAGGAUGGGGUGCCAACGCAUCACAGGGCACAGACAUAAGCACCACUCACACAGGGGAGAACAUGCAAACUGGCUCCAUGCAACACAUGGAGCCACGGCACAGGUUUGAACCCUGGUCCCAGAGGUGUGACUCCAAACAACUGAUUUUUGAUGAUGUUGCCUCAGGUUUACAUUUGAACAUCCUUUCCAUGAUUAAGAGUUUCUGGCACAAAAAGUGUGGGGAAAAAAUGUAGUUUCUGAAAACCCAGGGAUGGGAAACAUGUGCAUGUACAUUGAGCAAAAUAUAUGAAAAUACAUACAUUCAUAUUAGCGAUUAACAAGUCAUCCCCACCUCUGCAAAUAUACACAAACCAAGAAGUCAUGCUCAGACAGCAGCAGGUUUAGAAACACCAAUAUGUCAACCUAGUACUGCUAACAAAAGGGCUGAACUGGUUUUUACCAACUAUGUAAUCGACCGAGAAUAUGGACACAAGAGGAGAGUAAGGCAGGCAGAAUGACCCCAAGUAGCAGCUAGACAUCAUUUGCUAAACCAGGGGUGUCAAACUGCAGUCCUGGGAGCCCGGAGCCCUGUGUAGCUUAGCUCUUUCCCUGUUCCACCACAAAUGAAAUCAGCUCAAGAGAUGUGUGGUAAUUAGCACAAGUAGUUGAAUCAGACGUGUUAAAUGAGGGGAAACCAAAAAAUGUGCAGGGCUCUGGCCCUCCAGGACUGGAGUCUGACACCCCUGUGCUAAACUUAAGCUGUGUAAAUGAUGUGCUUUCCUAUUAUUGUGCAAAGCAAGUAAUGGACUAAUAGGAGACUGGUCCCACAGUCUCAGAAAGAUGAAUCAAUCUAAUACAAUAUUGACAGUAUUUGGAUGAAACAGGGAAUUUUCCAUCAAGCUGUAAAAAAGUGACCAGGACAAAGGACUUCAGUGCCCGAGACAGCAGAAAAAGCAAACAAAGAAUUGUGAAAUUUUUUUUAAACAUCUUUGGCUGUGAAAUAAGGUAGGAUAUUUCAUAAAGGACAGACUUAAGGACCAGUGUCUGGCAU